UGAAAGUGAAAGAAAGUGUCAAUGGAGGUCAUGAUGCAUUGCAUUUUUAUGCAUUUUUCUAACAAAUACUAAUUUAAAAAGACAUUAGUUGAUUAAAGUCUAAUGAUAUUUUUAAUGUGAUGCGUAGGUUACAACUGGUUUUUCCGAAUACUACACAGUAAUGGCAGAUCAAUUUUGUUUACGUUGGAACAAUUUCCAAACUAAUAUAGUUAGUGCUUUAGAUUCACUUAAGUGUUCGGAAGAUUUGGUUGACGUUACGCUCACUUGCGAGGGCAGAAACAUCAAGGCCCAUAAAGUCAUACUGUCCGCGUGCAGUCCGUACUUCAGGAAUGUGUUCAAGGAAAAUCCCUGUCAGCAUCCAGUUAUAAUUCUGAAAGAUGUGUCGGCUGAUGAUAUUGUAAGCCUACUGUCUUAUAUGUACCAGGGACAAGUGUUUAUUGAAGAAAGCAAAUUGUCAUCAUUCUUGCAUACAGCAGCCCUAUUACAAGUCAAAGGUCUUACAGGAGUAACCCAACAGAAAGAUAAUUUUUCAUCUCCUAAUACAUCAAACAAACUUUAUACACAACUGACAAUAUCAGCAAAGUCACAGUUUGGUUCUGGUCACAAAGAAACAAAAAUACCUGCUUUGAAAAAACGGCGAAGUAGUACAUCUGAUAAGCCUAAUGAUGUAACAAUUGGAGAAAGUGGUAGUAAGAAGGGAAAACUUCUGGAAACAUGUGAUAUUUACAAUAGGAAUAGUUUUUCACAGUUGCCUAAAUCGGAUAAUGCAACUUUUGUAUCUGAAAAUAGUGUAGAUAAAAAAUGUGAUGGCAAAAAUGAACAAACAGUUAUAACUACUAAUGGAAAAAAUUCUACAUCUAUCCAGGUUACAGGUACACAAGGUGACAUUCCUGUUAUUAUUAAAACUGAACGAAUUGAUGAAGAUAAUUUAUCUAUAGGUCCUCCUUUAAAUAAUUCUGAAAAUGAUGAUAGUCUUCCAGAUUAUGAAAAUAGCAUGCUUGCUAGAUCUUUACUCUCAGGUAUAAACCCAUCUAAAACUGAAGUCUGUGCCAAUAGUACAAUAAAGAAAGUAUCCAACAUACCAGAUAUACCAAACACGAGAGCAAAAGAUGUAAAUACAGAUACAGUUACCUUUAUUAAGAGUCCACUUAAAGCUCCAUCUUCUGAUGAAACAGUGGUAAAGCCAGAAAACCAGUCUCCAAAGUCAGAAAUGGAAUAUGAGCCAGAAGUAUUAUUAUCAGAACAUCAAGAUGGUACAGAUACUGAAAAUACAUACAGUCAAGAACAAUCACAGGCUUUGUUGUUACUGGCAGGUAUGAAUGUUCCUGUGUUAGGUACCAACCCUUCAACAUCGCAAGGAGUAUCCCACCAACAAUCUAAUCAUGCAGCAAUCUGUGGUGAUUGCCCUCACUGUGGCAUGAAAUAUUCAAAUCAGUCUGCACUAAAGUAUCAUGUGAGGCUUAUGCAUUCAGAUUUGACCAAUAGACUGUGUUGUUACUUAUGUCCAAGAUCCUUUACUAUGCGAGAAACAUUCAAAGAACACAUGUGGACCAGUCAUGGUCAAAGAAAUUAAUUUUUUUUUUAUUAUAUUUAAAAAAAUGUGCCUUAGCUUUCAUUCUAUUUUCUUUAAGCCAGGAAAAAGAAUAGGUGUUGAGACUUUAUGAUGUGCCUUGUGAAACUAAAACAGAAAGUUGAAGAAGACAUUCACUGAACUGAAAUUAAUAUAUAGUUAAAAUUUUGAUAUAUUGGAUUUUAUAGACAUUAAAGUGUAUAUAAUACAAUAUAAAGUAUCUCUUUUGUAAGAGUGGAUUUUACUACGACAAUCAUAGUAUAAGUAUAUAUAUAUGAUAAGUGUUUACAUUUUGCAUACAAUCAUUUCAAUUAUAUGAUUGUUAUUUCUGAAGUUUUUUAGUUUCUAUAAUUUAUACAGUUUGUAACAGAAUGGGUGUAAGUUGAAAUUCAGCAACAGUAUUCAUGAAACUAAUAGAACUUUCCUUAACCCUUCUUUGCAUAAUAGUGGAAAUUUCCAUCAUAAUAUUGAAUGCCCAAAAAUUAUAUAAAAGACGAAGUUCACUUUAAGUUGAUCGUGCCUGGAUACCUUUUUAAUGUCCAUUGUAGAAAAAAAAAACAUAUCUGUCAAAUCUAUUUUUUUUAAUCAUUUUUCCUUAAUUUUGAACAUGGGUUAUAUCACCUUGUUUUAUUUCACUAAUAAAAAAAAUAUCAUGCAAAGAGAGGGUUAAGAAUCAUAUCUCGAAAUAUGAAAUUUUAAACAUUCUAUACAAGCUUUAGAUUUGAAAUUGACGAUAUAUAAUUUAGUAUGGAAAAUUAAAAUAAAAUUGUUUCAUAUUUCAAAGGUUGUUAAAAUAUAAAAGUAAUAAAUAUUUGUGAUCAAAUAAAGAUUAUUCUAAAAAAAUAAUAUUUUUAGAAUAGUCUUUAUCACCCAUUACAAUAUGUAUUUUCACUACAUAGAGAUGUGACACGGUUAUAUAGCAUAUAUAUAUUUUGAUUACAUUAUGAUAUACAAUACAAAAAUCAUUACAUUGUAUAUGUUAAAGUUAGAAUAAUGUGAAAUUACAAUGAAAGAAUGGCAAUUUUGUAAAUUGCCAUUUUUGCAACCUUUGGACUUUUACAUGUUAUACAGAAAUAAACCCCAUAAUACAAAAAAUUGUAUAGGAAUAAUGUAAUUUAAAUACAAUUCAAUAUUGUUUAAUCGACUAACUGAAUUUGCAAUAGUGAAUUUUACUUGCAUAUGACAUUUCAGAGUAUUAUGACCACAUGAACAUCAAAUUGAGUUUUAUUGGGACUCCAUCUAUGUAUAAGAUAUAGAUAGGUCAGGACACUUAUAAAAGUGUUUAUAGACGCGAAAAAUGUUGUUAUUAUUUAUUUAUUAGUAAAAUUAGAUGCGGUAUUUAUAUUUGUAUUAGUAAAGGUGUAGCUUUAAAUAAGCGCAUAUUUCGUUAUGAUAUAUUCUCUUUUUUUUUGUAUAUGCUACUUUUUGAGAUUUACUUUAAAACAUGUCCGUAAACCUGAUUCAGUUAGUAAUGAUUUUAACGCGCAGUUUUCCCGUGUGAUUUAGGACAAUAAACGUUGGUGUUAUUUUAUGGUUCAUCAGUAUACUAUAUUCAAAUCCAUUUAGGCGUUUAAUAGUGAUUGAAUAACAAAUAUGUGAAAUGUUACAUUAAUGUAUUAGUAAGAUAGCAGUUGCUGUGCUAUUGGCCACUUAUACUACAUACAACUCUAAUUUCAAGUAUAAAUACUAUUACUAUAUAAUAUUAUGGGCAGAAGAUAGGUAGUUAUAAGAAAAUGCAGUUAAAGAUAAUAAAUUCUAACAUUUGCGUUUGUAUUGAAAAGUGCCUAAAUAUUAUGUAGAAAUAAAAAAAAAAAGUGCAAAAAUAAGGUGCAAUUAGAUGAGCCUGCUCGUGACUACAACUAAUACAAAAUAUUCAAAAUAUAGAGGGAGGUAAAUAUUUAUCGUUAAAUACUUCGUGUUAAUAUUCGACAAACUAUAUUAAUAAUUAGGUGCAAAUAUUAAACAUACCACCAAAAUUUUAAUGUUUUCAUUGGUGCUAAAAUACACUUUAUCUCAUCCUAUAUACGUAUUAUAAUAUUCUUAAUUGUUUAAGUUAGUGAUAUACAAUGUGUAUUUGGUUACCAUUAAUACAAUAUAUUAAAUGAGUAUGCAAUUGACAAGUAUCCAUCUGUAUUUGUUACGUGUUCACAAGCUGUUACUAAGACAUUUUUUUUUUUAUAUUUAAUUCGUAGAAAGGAAUUACUUCAGUAGGUAUUCAGUUGCAGCGUUUAGUUGUCAAUACUUAUAUUCAAUAGUUGAAUGAUUUUAAUAGUAGAUUAUAUUAAUGAUAUUGAUGUAUGAAGAGAAAUUGUUUAGCGUCUGUAUAACUGGCUUGUAUAUUUAUGACUAUGUCAUAAAUGGCAUGUAUAUUAAAUCAUAAAAGUGUGGUAACAGUGAAUUCUUUUUAUCUCCUCAUACGAAGAUCAGUAUUUUUAAACAAUGAAAUUGUAUGUCUAUAUGGCUAAUAUAACCAUAAAUAAUCAAUUUCCUGUUGCGCAGUUAUUACUUAUGUUCAUUGUUGAAUAAUGAUAAUAAAAAUAAUAAAAUUAUUUUCUAGAAGUCAUGGUAAUUUUAUGAAUUUGCAAAAUGUGACAGUUUUUUUUUCUUCAAAAUUGUAUUACUCAGGUAAUUUUAACGAUCUACAUUGGUAUCCUAAAAACCAGUUUUAAAAGUAUUUCUUUCUUCAACUUAAUAAUAAUUUUGGAACUAGAAUUAAAUAAUGUUGUACGAUCUAUGAUUGUAUGAGAUGUUAAAUAGUCAUCAUAUUUUUAUAGAUAACCUUUUUUUGGAAUUUGAUUAAAAAUGCAAAUUCUUAUUAUUACCCUUAUGGUUUGUAUUAAAGUUACAAUUUACCAUUUCAAAAUUUUAUUUUAUUCAUUUGGUAAUUUGUGCCAAAAUGAUAUUGACGAGUUAUGUUUGUAAAGUUUACCUUGUUUAGCUUUAUUAAUGUUAUGUUAUAUACUUUCGUUAAUGCAUAUGUUAUUACUAUAUUAGAUAUAAAUUAUUGUAGGUACUUGAUGAGAUCUAUUCCUAGUGUCGAAUGCCAUUAGUGAAAAUAAAUAAUAAUUAAGACCUAGAAAUAGAAAUGAAUAUACCUAUGAAAAAGUAUAAAUAAGUUACUAUAAUUAAAUGAUAUAUUAACGUUAAUAAGAAUUGUUGAAUAUUUUAUCAAGAAUUUUACAAGAUUUACAUUUUAAAUUAUGUUAUAAAUAAAAGAUUUGUGCUUA